CUUUUACAGAACACUUGCUCAGACAUCUAUGGCGUCCGCCGUAGCCUGCAGUGCCGCUUGUUUAGCCUUCGUACGUGAAAUGUAAAUAAGCAUACUCGUCCCUCAGCGCUCCACGGCCACUCGACGUGUUCGGUGGUGGUGGCGCAAGCGAUGGCAACCGUUUGGCAACAAGUCCUCGCCAUCGACGCCCGCUACAACGCCUACAGGUCGCCGAACGACCCCAACUUUCGCACACUGUACAUACGAAGACGGAGCCAGCUGCUCAGGGAGUCACAAAAGAAUGAGCAAUGCGCCGCAUUCCGCAAACAAUACCUGCGCCUCCGAAGCCAGCUGCUCGCUCAACGGUAUGGCGUGUCCGUCGACCAAUCGAGCAACAGAAGUCGGAGCAUGGGCGGCCGGAGCAACAGUCGGGCAACACUUGAGGAACUGAGUGUGUCCAAAAUUUCUCUCAAGACAUCGGACUCGUCAGAGAGUCGCCUGCAGGCAAGUGGAGAACUCUCUCGCCGCGGCUCCUUUGGCAACCAGCGCUCCUUGACCAACGAAGGGCUGGUACCGACGUAUGCUGCUGAAGCCAGUCGUGCCAUUGUUGGCGGUACAAGCAUCUCGGAAAACUAUGCGUUCGCGGGUGUCCACCACAUCUUUGACCAGCACCGUGAUGCCGUGACCUCAGUGCGGUUUGCAAACAACGAGAAGUACCUGCUGGGCUGCUCGUCUGCGGAUGGGAACCUGUCCAUUUGCCGGUUGGACCCGCCCUGCGUGCUUUACAUGCUCGAGGGGCACCAUGGCAAAGUCACUGGCUUCGAGUGGUCUCUCUCCAAUGACCUCUUGGUGUCUGGGUCCCUGGACAGCACAGUGCGGCUCUGGGACGCUAAGAAGGGAAGCUGCGUGCGCACGGUGCCUGAUCCAGCCGGGGCGGCCAUCCUGUCGUGCGUGUUCCAGCCAGCCAACAACAACAUGGUGGUUACAGGAAAUGACAAGGGUCUUGUCCAGGUGCUCAACAUUUCCACAGGCAUCUACCUCAAGGGCGGCAGUAGCCAGACCACUGGCUGCGUCCUCUGCCUGACCUUUGAGCCGACGGGCAAGAUGCUCUGGGCUGGCGACGACCGGGGCUACAUUGUGUCCUACCUGUUCGACCUGCCCACCGGAAAGCUGACCAAGGGAAAGCGGAUGGUGGUGGCCGAAAACUGCCCAAUCACGUGCCUGUCGGCGCGCCAGUGGGCAAGCCGCGAAGCCAGAGACCCAUCAGUGCUGGCCAACUGUGGCCUCAUCAAUGCCCUCCUCCUCUACAGCGUGCAGGGCUCGGAUGGCAGCCUGGCUCUGAAGCGCAAGUUCCACGUCAAGCAUCGGUGCCGCACCCCAGUGCGAAGUUCCUUCUGUCCCAUCAUGUCAUUCCGCCAGGGUGCUUGCAUCGUGACUGGCAGUGAAGACCAGUGUGUCAACUUCUUCGACGUGGAGCGUGCGAAGCCGCUGCUCAACAAACUCCAGGGCCACUCGGCGGCAGUCCUCGACGUGUGCUUCAACUACGACGAAUCUCUACUGGCCUCAAGCGAUGCGCAGGGGAUGGUCAUCCUUUGGAAGAGGUCUUCAGCCUGAUGCCAACCCCUCUUGUCUUGCCAACAAGUUGCCUCAGUUGAAGAGGUUACAGCAGUAUUUGAUUGGACUUAGUUAAGUGUCGCACAACCCAGUGGAUAGCUGGGUUGAAUGGCACAACACAGUGAUGUGCAUUGAGAACUCUGCAGGCUGAAUACAACUGUAAGAAUCAUGUGCAAUAAUUAUGCAGUGCCAGUAGCAUAGUGCAGUCGUAUGUGAACUGGGUCUUAUUACUGGCAUGGAGCCAGUGACUUCACCCAAAGUGUAAACUUCAACAUCGUUUAUGAGCAUACGUUGCAUAAUUUUCUUGUAGAACCAGCCUCAUAGCAAUUUGAAACAAGAGUAGCCCAAUUUAGCAUUUGAAUGCUAACUGUGGUAGAUGCAGGACCACUGCGUGCAUUAGAGUGUGACUCCUUCCACAACACCAACAACUUCACGGUCGUUGGCAGACCUCGGCCUGGAUCUGUGCUACUGGCUCUUAAGAGGAAGCUUUAGCUCGGCCCCAACUCCGACAUCGCCUAUGCGGAUACCUGUGUAAUGCAGAAAUGCUUUUCAGAAACAACCCCUUGGCCAAUUUUAAUGAUAUUUGGUGCAUUUGAGAGAAAAAGGUUAAAUUCUAGCGACUGUUGGAAGCAAAAUUUUGAUUGAUAGCUUUCAUUGUUUUACAAAAGUUGCAGUAAAUUUGUUAGGUUAAAAAAAAUCAAAGCAUGAAGUUUACAAAUCCGUAACUCUGCACGAAUAAUAGAUGCUAUCUCAGUUUUGUAAACUGCAUCCAUCAGAACAUCUAAAGCAGACAGAUUUGAUAUAUUAAUUUAUAUCUUACAUGAAUUAUUAACAAUGUGUACGAAAGUCUUGCAAAAGUCCUACUCAUAUAUAGUGGUGCAUUUGAGAGCCAUGUAUAAUAACAUCAAAUUUGCCUGCUUUAGAUGUACUACAAGAUGCAAUUUACAGAAUUUCAUUUAGUUUUUCAUUGUUGAGACACAGUUUCGUAAGCUUGAUAGUUUCGUUUUCUGAAAGUUUGCAAUAUUCGACAAUUUUUAUUUAGGAAUUGAUAGCUUAAAUAAUAAAUCUGCUUCCACCAGUCACUAGAUUUAACUUUUUCUUUUAAAUGCAACAAACUUCGUCAAAUUUGGUGCAGUGGCUGCCGAAAAAAAACAAUUUCUCCUUUCCCUUGUAUUUAGAUAGGAGCCACCGAGCUAAAGCUUCCUCAUAAUGCCAUCACUUGUUGACCACGAAUUCAUUGUAGUUACUGUUAAGCCUUCUUUCUUGCCUUUUUACUUGUGGUGUUUGCUUAUGUCCUGCGCUUUAUGCCGUGCCAUCGCCUACAGUUGCAGAUUUAGCCUUUAUAAUGAAGCAAGUGCUUUGUGUCA